AUGAUGGUGGGUGUUCGUCAAGCAUGCCUUGUUCCGCGCUUUCUCAUCGUCUGCGACCAAGGCGACCGGGCCAUGAAGAGGUCUUCGCGAUAUCUUCUGCUCGCAACUAUCUCUGUCUUCUUGUUUUACUGGUUCGUUCGAGAUAAGAGCAAUAAUGCGCUAGACGACAGCCAAAUCGACACACGACCGACUACUGUGCCGAAGACGCCCAAAAUCACCAUCAUCGCAGUCUGGUCUAUUUUAGGCCCAGAUCCAAACUAUCUUCCGUACUUUUUUCAGUCAGUCGAGGCAAACGACCAGGUCGAUCUCUUGUUCGUGCAAGUAGAUAAACAUGACUUAGGAUGUUCGUCAUAUUCAAGUGCUCCGAAUGUCCAGGAGCUGUGCCUGACUGAAGAUCAGUAUUAUCGAUUCCAUGUUGAAUUUCUCUGUAAAAGGUGGAAAUGCUCCGACGAUGAGAGAAGGAUAUUCUUCGACACUAUUAAAAGGAACGGACGAACAGAUCAUAAUAACUCCUUUUUUCGUAUCUUAAGAGCUGGUGUUUUUGCGUCAUUCAUUGAUCCGGCUACGACAAUUUGGGGAUGGUGCGACGUAGACGAGUUCUGGGGAAACUUUACGCGAACAUUUCCUUGGGAUAUUGCCCAUGACUUUGAUGUUCUUGCUGCCUCUGUACAACCAGAGUUUGCCAAUCACCGCAUGCUGUAUACAAGGGGACACAUGGCAUUCAUCCGCAAUUCGCCCGAAGUUCUUGACAAAUUACACUCAUUUCCGAAGUUUUCUUCUCUUUCUGCGUACCUGUCUUUACCAGCAACACUGACAGACGCCGAGGAAUCCGAACUCAGCCAUUACAUCUUCUCCGACGAGCCUUCAUUCACAUUCCUCGCGUUUGAAGGAAUGCUGAACAGUUAUGACACUGUUCUUCUAUCUUCACGCGGCGUGUUUUACACAUCUUUGCAGAAGAGAGACCUGCAAGAUCCCAAUCGGAGGGGACGAAUCGCUGCUCUGGCUCGAACAACGGACAGGGCGAUUAUACGACCAACUUUCUCGCAGGAGGGUAUUGAGGAGGAGGCGCACGUAUACCAUGACGGAUGGAGCUUUCCAGGAGAGGUUUGGUUCGAUAGGAAGCACGUCACAUUCGUCGAAACGGGGUGGCUAGAACCCGGAAAACGGGAACAAAAGGCAUAUUUCAUGCGUCGUGAGCCGUAUGGGCCCAUCACCCAAAGGUUGGAACCCCGGGAUCGGUAUCUAAGUCGAGAUGGUGAACUUGUUGUGGAUGAAUGUCUGUAUAAACAUUGGCAAACUGAGAAGCAUCAUCCUUGGUUCCGGAGAAUACCAAGCGCUCUGGGUCCUGCAGAGAUUUUCGUAGAGCUCAAGAAUGCACAGGCCGACAUAUGGAACGAAAACGGGGACAUAAUUUAUUCUACGGGUCUCUGAGGGACUAAUGUUACUUACGGAUAUAGACAUGACCAUCUAGCUAACUAUUAAUAUGGG